CUGAGAGUGCUAUCUGGAUUACUUUCUGUACAUUGGGCCUGACGAGCACCAGGCAAGUAUCUGAAUACAACAUGGAGUGCAAGAUCUUUUUUCUAUUUUCUAUAUAUAUAUAUAUAUAUAUAUAUAUAUUAUAUUGAAACAAACUACUACAUUAUUUACAGUGAACCCACAGUCCCGAAAUUAACAACCAAUAUUUCCGCACUGCUCCAUUUUGCCCCCCACACCCUUUUGGAUUAAAAAAAUUAAGUUAAAGUUUCCUCAAAAACCUUCCCAGCACUGGGACUCCUUCGCUGCUGCCUCCAACACCGCCUCCAGUGAUGUCAGCAUCUAAGAUAACACGCGACCUGCUCUGUGAAGAAAUGGAUUGGAGGCACACAUGUGCAACCAACCUGCGCUCUCCUCCAAUCAAACGCUACUAUAAGAAGCAUUUGAUAUCCAGACCAAGGUCUGGAGGAAGCAGAGCCUCUAGUGGCUAGAGUUGGAUUUUUUUCCUACAAUGUAAACAUUGCAGUUUCUCAAAUUACAUUGCAGGGUUAAACUGACAGGACUACUGCACAGCGGACCAUUUCAUAGAUACAAAGUGAACUGGGUGACGACUAUAAUGUUCCUUUAAAGCACUAGCCUAUUCUGAUGUAAGAUACAUGCAGUAUCAAAGUCUAAAUUCACAAAAAUACUUGUUUUCCUAAGGGGGGGCAGUUAUUAUAUUUCUUGCAAAAUUACAGUUUCAGUUAUUAAUUACUUAGUUAAAAUAACUGGCAAUAACCCAAGGCAGGUGGGGGGUGGGGGGAGAUUAUCAAAAAGUAGAUCCCUCCAGCUGCUGUAAACUAUAAAUCCCAAAAUGUGUUACCACUGUGGACUACAACACCCAUGAUGCUUUGCCAGCUUUAUUUCUAUUCCAAAGCUGGACAUCUACCUUCUAGCCUAAGGUAAGAAAGAUUUAGAAUUAUUCAAACCCCCCCUCUCCUCCCCCAUUCCUUCCCACAUCAAGUCAUUAACCCACAUUGAGAAGCAUGAUAAACUAUUUUAAUCGUGCAUAUAGAGUUUACAUGAAAGCUUGCAUGCAACUGCUUUGCAUUGAACUGCAACUAUUAACAUAAAGAAGUAAAGAGUUAAUGUUAUUAAAAUAUAUAUCUAAAAAAGAAUAUAUGAAGGGUGGUGGGGAGGGAGUAUGGGGGGGGCUUCCUGUUAUCAUUUCAGCUUGUGUUUGUAAUGACAUUUACACUGCAGGGAAAGGGAAUAAAAGAGAUAGAGGAUUAGAAGUCCACCCCCUUACCAACAUCACCCAGGCACUUCCAGGAAUAGUGAGGGAGGAGGGCUCAGCUGGGACACAGAGAGGCGAGUAGCCAUUCACAUCCAUCGGAGGGCCCACAGCCGACCAAUCACACACGAAAACCGAAAUAAAUAACGCCCCACUCACCCCCCUCGAAAAAAAGUACAGCUUAGAAUGUGCUGAAGUGGGGUCUGACUUCCAAUAGGAACAUUACAAGAAGAAUGCAGACUGAAUCCGACUUUUACAGACAAAGCACCUUAGAACCCUCAGCAUUAUUAUUUAUGGACAAUGUAUUUAUAUUUACCUUAAAAUAAAAUAUCUUCCUCACCUGUAGAUUUGCAUAAAAUCGGCCAAGAAAAUCUGACAUCUCUAUGAACGACUUUUACUAUUUUAUUUUACUAUUAUAUUUAUACAUUUUUUUUUCUAGAUCUGUGUGUUUGUAAAUAUAUAACUGACACAUGCUUACCUAGAUGCACCAAGCUCCCUGUUGACCUUCCUGUCAAACUGCAUAGGAGCUACUUUGAUGGGUGCAAGAUAAGCCAAGCCAUUAUAGGAUGUUAAAAGGUAAGAAAGCUGUCUUGUUUUUUUGCUAUGUAUUUAUAUAUUUUAAUUAUAUUGCCCAAGCAGCGUCUUCUCCUCUAUCUCGGCAGUUCUUAUACAGAGAGCUGUCCGGGAAGAGUUUUUUUUAAAAUAAAUUAAAUUUUCUCUUAUUCUGUCCAAAACAAACACUGGGUUAAACUAGAUUUUCUUAGUCUGUGCAAUCUUGAUUGGUCUUUACAGUAUAUCAGCUGACAUGCAUUCAGAAUAGAACAAGCACUUCAUUAUAAUGCAGUUAAAAUAAUGUGAGACACCAUUCAUUUGCACUUUUCAGAAUGUUUCGUUUUUGUUUUGUUUUUUUAAUAAUCACCAAAAUGUUUCUAUGCAUAUUUGUUUUCACAGAGUUGUAAAAAAAACAUUAUUGCCAUGAUAAUACCAUAAGAGCUUGCAAUCUAAUUGUUCUGUACAGUUUGUGACAGAAUUGUAUUUUUUCAGUAUGUAUUAGUCAUAAAAUAUCCUUCUAUAAGUCACUCUACAAUUUAUUUUUACAAAGGAAAGACAUGUCCUGAUUUUUCAUUGUCUCAAAAGCUUGCAAUCUAAGAAUAUGUUGCAUUCACCACACAUCAGUUUGCAUGUAUUUAAUAUGUGAGUGAAACAAAUAUCCCAGAGGCAUUCAGUUGCCUUGUUCCUGUCAAGUCUUUAAUUAAAUAAAACGAUCUAAGCUUAAUUAAAUAUUCCAUCUUGUAAUCUAUUUGCAAUUUGCCAUCAUUGUUGGUUUAAAUAAAGAGCACAGUCACAAGACUAGUUACAUAUUGCAAAACCACAGGGUUAUUCACAAAAGUGAAUAUUCAAAGUCAAAGUGAAAUUCAAAUUUAAGGUCAAUAUAGAUAAAUUAUCUAACACUAACAUGUACUAAAGUGAGAAUUCAAAGUGAAUUUCUAAUCUGAGGUCAGAGUAACUGUACUGAAAGCAUAGCUGAUUUAUAGAAUUGUUUCAGCUCUGCUAUUUUGAACUUAAAUUUGAAAUUCACUUUGAAUUCUCAAUUUAGUAAAUAACCCUGUUAGGCCAAGCUUGUAUUCGAUUUGCCUUACUGUAAAAACUUGCCGUUUGAUUGCUUUUGAGUACAACAAGAAUGUCACAGAAGCUUGCGAUUUAAUUCCACGUAAUGCCUUUAAGUACACUCUUUUGUUAUGUACAAAUCAAAAUUAUCUGUAAAAGUGCUUAAAAGAUGUGCAGUUGCCAUAGAAACCAAUAGAACAUUCAUACUAACUGCUCCAUUUUCAGAAAUGUGACCCAGAAUUAUUGUUAUACAUUGCCCCCACUGUGAGAUAGAUGGAACUAUAUGAAACAAAAAAAUCAAUUGUCAUCUGUAUAUCUCAUGUCCGUUGGAUUAUCAUAUUCAGUAGUUUCCAUUACGUUUUUUGGGGGGUUUUUCUCGGAGAUAAAACUUCAGUUUGUUUAAUUGAUUAAAAGAGUGCAUGUGUUGUAUUUCAUGCAUUUUAUUUACCAUUCCCCAAGAGGCCUGUCACUGUUUUUAAGUUUAGUAGUUGAUGUAAACACAAACAUAUUGAACAGAUCAUCAUAUGUUAUACACUAGUUGCUAUACUGUAAAUGUAUUGUGAUCAGCCAUAAAAUACUCCAUUAAGUUUAACAAACAUUAAAAAAAUCGACUGAAAUAUUUUGCUGAAAAUACACCAAUUGGGAGCACUAUAAGUACAUCCUUAAGUUUAAUGACCCUGCACGUGCUUCCAUACAGUGCUGUACUCAUCCAAUAUGUGUGGGAGGUAAAUAAAUAUGUUACUAUUUAACAAGUCUAACCGUUACUCAUGAAAUUGGUAAAGGUAGAGAAUCGAAAAGGCAAUUGCAAAGUUUUAUGCCAAAAUUGCCACAUCAGCUAUUAUAGCUUAACUUUUGUGUGGUAUUAUUCGUAAAAUUGACAAGAUUAUUCACUAUAGUGAGAAUUCAAAGUGAAUUGACUGCGAAUUUCAAAUUGUUAUGCCAUGAUAGCCGAACUGGAAGGAUAGCUGAUUUAGAAAAAAUUCCAAGUUUGGCUAUUUUGCCUUGAAUUUAAAGUUCACUCUAAAUUCUUACUUUAGUCUGUGUUGUUGUUGCAGAAAUAACUCUUAACUUAGAGUUGGAAAAAGUCACCCAGGAGAGCUAACUCACUAAACAGUGAGUUGCAAUGAGUUGAUAACUGACUUGCUAAAUAACUGAGAUGGAAAUAAUUACAAACUAAACAAAUUGGCGUUUUCUCUUUAAACUCUGCUAUUUUUGUCUAAAAUUUGUAGUCUUGGAGCUUACCACAAGUCACUCACUGUUCAGCAAAUAAACCUCUGUGCCAGGUCACAGAUGUUUAUUCUGACUACAAUGUUCUAAAAACUCUGCAGGGAUAGGCAACCUUUGGCACUCGAGAUGUUGUGGACUACAUCUCCCAUAAUGCACUUACACCCAUCGUGCUGGCAAAGCAUCAUGGGAGGUGUAGUCCAAAACAUCUUGAGUGCCGAAGGUUGCCUAUGCCUGCAUCUAGUCUAUCAAAGUUAAUCACUAAACUAAGAACACUUGGGAAUUCAGAGUGAAUUUCAAAUUUAAGGCCAAAUUAAUUGAACUGGAAGCAUAGCUAAUAUGGAGAAUGUUUCCAGUUCGACUAAUUUGGCCUUAAAUUUCUCUCAUUUGAGAUGGUAGUAAUGUAUUUUUUGCAAGUUCCCAUUAAUGUUCACCACAUGUCACAGUCUACCUGGACACUGUAUUUGACUUUUCAAUGCCAAAGGACAGAGUAUCACUUUCUCUUUGGAACUGCUAUGGUUAACCCUUUGAGAUCCAGAGCAGUUAUAAUAAACUGUACGGGCUGAUUUCCUCUAUGUGAUUGUGGACAAAAGGGAAAAAAAUGCAAUGCUCACAAAGUGAUGCUGGACAUCAAUUAAUUGAUUUAUGAAACUGUAAAUAGUUCUAGAGUCAACAAAUGUAACUUUUAAUAUAGAGACUUUAAUCCCUGCAUUGUGGCAUAGUGCAUAGGGACAUGAUUUGUGCACAUCCAAGAUCACCAGGGAACUGCAUGUACCAGCUUAAAGUUGUCCAGGAAACUUUCCUUCUUAUUCUGAGAACAUGUUUUUUUUCCCAUCAUUAUGUGAAAAGAUUAACCCAUCGUAUCUGCAAUGACUUGCGGUAAUGUUUCUGCAAUGAAUGAAGGAUCAUGUGUGUAGACAUUGUUGCGUAAUUACCAUGCCAAUAUGCUUUUUGCAGCGGAACAGAGCACAAAGGUGCUGUAUCAGUCAGAAGUUCCCAAAUUAGGCAAUAAAUUACUCUGUUAGUGCAUCAGACUGAUGCAAACUAAGUGUCCAUGCAUGUGACCAUAAUGCACUUUUUAAUGAUUUUUUUUUUUUUAAGUUGUGCUGUGAAUUUUACUGUAACAGAGUAUCUGUCUGACUAUCUGUCUUAUCUAUUUGUCUAUCUGUCUAGUUAAAGAAACACUCCCACCUCCAUAGCAAAUUAAGCUCAUUUAAGUUGUUAUGGGGUCAGGAGAUCUGUGCACCAUCUUACCUUCAGGCUUUAAUCUGUUUUUCAGCAGUUUACCCCAAAGUUUUAGGUUCUGCGCUCUACCUACCAGACCUCUUCCUCUCUGCUUUGCAGUAUGAGGAAGGAUUAGCCAGAUGGGCGCUGAUAGGCUGAGAGUGUCAGUAAGCUUCUCACAGGUCACUUAUUGAGAGAUAUACGUUCUAUAUUCUGUAUCGGUGGCCAACCAGACAAACCUACCUCAUAUUGCAGAUCGGAGGGGAAGGAAGCCAAUUGGCUCAGGUGCCAUUUACCCAACUUUGAGUUUAAACUGUUGUAAAACUAAUGAGUUUAAGUUGUUAUGGGGUUAGGAGUAUUCCUUUAAAGUAACACUCCAAGCACUAUAACCACUACAGCUCGUUGAUCGCUCUAAGGUCAGGAAUAGGCAAGCUUUGGCACUUCAGAUGUUGUGGACUACAUCUCCCAUAAUGGUCUUGCAGCCAUAAUGCUGGCAAAGCAUCAGGGGAUAUGUAGUUCACAUCAACUGGACUGCCAAAGGUUGCCUACCCCUGCUCUAAGCCAAUGAGCUAAGCUCUGAACUGAGAGCUUAGGAACUUGUGGCUCUCUGACGUUCGUAGUGGAGACAGGGAGGCCCACACGACAGACUGUUCAAAUACAGUUUGACACCUUACAUGAAUGGGGGGGGGGGAGGCUAUUUCAAUGUACCUCUGGCACCCAUAACCCAUUGUACAGCCCUAUGGAAUUUGCUGGCGCUAUAUAAAUAAUAUAAUAUCUGGCUGUAGUGGUUAUGGUGCUUGGAGUGUUCCUUCAAGGAAGCCUUGCAUAUUGUCAAAGUCGUAAUCAGAGAUUGCUGAUGUAGUUGGUUGCACCUGCAUCCUGACAAGUUUGGUAUAUUGCUUUUUACUCAUGUUAGAAAAAAAAGUGCUGUAAGCUGUCACUAUUCUCAGAAUCAUCACUUUUAGUUACUAUCUGGCCACCAUAAACAACUGCUUUCAAAGAAACCGACCACUUGCAGAUUAGCCACUGGCUGCUAAACGAUAGAAACAUAUGCUUUGGACUAUUAUCUCCUUUACGAUUUUACGGUCAAUUCUUUUUAUAGAAAACGCAUCAGGCCUUAACAGUUUCUUGCUUGGCCUCAAAAUGAAUACUAGCCUAGGAAAAACAGUCAUACAAUGUUUAUGAUUAUUGAUCCACUAAGAACUGUAUGUAACUUUUAUUGUGAAUGAUUUCACCCAAUAAAAAAAGUGAAUUUAAAAAAACACACACACAGUCUAUGUUGUCACCAUAGCAACUACACCUUGCCAAUAAAAAAGAUUUACCCUGAGCAUGCUUACUUAACCCUGUGAUUCAUCUUAUCAGGAGAUAGCUUUAGAUUUUUUGUGAAAUGCCAUAUAAAUAACUAUAACUUUUGAGCUGAAUUUCUGCUAUGCGCUUCACUUUAUAAAGAAUAACUGUAUGUUUUAUAUCAUAUGUCUGGCUUUUUCCAUAAUUUUAUUGCUUUUUAUUAUAGUUUAAUUUGCCUUAAGAUAUGCUUUAGGGUUCCAGUGCAAUGUUAUAUAGCUAACACUUAUUUUUCUUAUGAAUGUAUUGGGAUUUAACUUUCGUUAGCCAAGAAGUUGGUGUUAAUUUGUGAAGGUUAGCAGCAGCAAUUGAGCACUUGGUGAAAUUCUGGAGUAGGUAAACAGCCGCUACAUGCUAACAGUAGCGACAGGCACUUUAGUGUGUAGUGGCUGGCCCGUAAAAAGUAGCAGCAACAUUGAAAUCUUAUAACGCUAGUUGCUGUCUAGUAACCACUCAAGAUGUGUGUGACGUCACAGCAAACCUUGCAUAUAGUUCAUUUUAAGAUAUUUAGAUUUAAGCUUUUUAUGGAUAAUCUGAUAUUAUCUUAAAGCGGCUCUGUGGAACCCCCCUUUCCUCUCCAAAAUUUAGAAUCUUUAGGAAAUACUGAAAUUGACUGUGUUGCAGUGUCACUGAAAUUCUAACAAAGACAAAAUAUUUAUUAAGACAAAGUAGGGUAUAAUUCAGGGUUAUGUAUCUUCGGCACUCCAUGUGUUGUGGACUACAGUUCCCCUGAUGCUUUGCAAGCCUAAUGGCUGCAGGGGCAUUACGAGAGAAGUAGACCCGAAGAUUGCCUAUCCCUGGUCUAGUUUGUCACAGUAUUUGUUCUCUGCUUGACAAAAAGGCAGAGCUACCUUUUCUCACGCUUGUCUUUUCCCCAGCAGUCACCAGUGACCGCUAUAGGGAAAAAUGCUCUGUCUAUGGAGGAUCCUGUGGUCUCAUGGCAUCUUUCAAAGACCUCAGUGCUGUACUCUCACACAUGCCUGAGAGUACAACGCUAAUGUCCGUUCCUGGCAGCGGAUCAAAAUGAUGGCGCAAGUAAGUAAAACUCCCCACCAGGCAAUCAGAUACCACCACCAGGUACUUGCAAACACCACAGAUGGUGACAUAGUCGCUUUAAACACUGAAAUAGGUAAACUGCUUUAAAAUGUAAAUAUGAAAUGAGCGCUUACCUAUCUGAAUUUUAACUGCAAUAUCCCACUGUUCCUAGAGUUUAACUAAUAAUUUGCAAAUGUGGGAGUGAUUCAUGAGUAUGAUGAUCAUCGUGGAGUACGCAGCAGGGUGUUUCCGGUAAAUGCAGGUCUCCCAUCCAUCCCGGUUUCUGCUGGACAGUCCUGAUUUCAGGGUCCUGUCCUGCCAUCCUGACUUUACUCCCUGGUGUCCCGCUUUUUAGGACACCUGAGAACUGUCCCGAAACAAGCAAAUUGUUAGAUGCGUUUGUGCUACAUUCAGAGAACUAGGACCCCGUCGAGAGCACUGAAACCGUGUCCGCUAUUAGUGGGAUGUUUGAUUAGAAGGCAGCCUGACUUUCUAUCACACCAGACUGACCUGCCAGUUUUUUGGGCAGAAGUGUUGUGAAUCGUGCCUCUGAACCUCCUCCUUUUAUCCCACUCCCCAGUGUUCCUCUUCACAAAGUAUAUCUAAUGUUUUAGGUAAAUGUAUAUUUUAAUUUGUAUAUUCACUAGAGAUUUAACUAGAAAAAUGUGUCGAUUAUGUUUAACUGCUUUAUCGUUCACUUUUUGUGAAUGUCAGGUGUGCUAUAAAAAAAAUAUUCUCUUUUUUUAUUUUUAUUAGGUGACUUAAUGUCUUUGCGGUAAUAUAAAAAAAACUCAAUACUUAUUAAGCUCCUUGAAACCAAACGCCUGAUGCGUAAAUGUCAAUGUCUGACUCAGCAGUGUUGCACAGCAACGUAACAACGUGUGCACACAAACAAGUUGAUGCUCACAGGGACACAUAACUAUUAAGAUCAUACCUCCCUAGUGUCUGUCAGGACCAGCCCCAGUUUGGCCAGAUCACAGUGUCCCAAAUUUCUCUCCUAAUGACUCUCUCUUUUCUAAGAACUGCAGAUUUUUGGUGUGUCUAUAUCAGGGUUCACAGCAGUAAAAUUCAUCAUUUUGGAUCUUUAUUAUAAAAAAAAACCUUUAUUAUAUUUGCUAAGAGAUUAACAGAGGCCUUAAAGGGACACUAUAGUCACCUGAACAACUUCAGCUUAAUGAGGUUGUUCAGGUGAGAACUAUAGCUCCCUGCAGCCUUUCUCAUGUAAACACUGUAUUUUCUGAGAAAAUACAGUGUUUACAUUGAAAGCUAGGAACACCUCCAGUUGCAGUCACUCAGAGUGAACCAGAGGGACUUCGGAGUUGAUGGAGGCAUAAUAUGCCUCCAUCCACUCAGAUCUGCUGUCAGCAGAGCACAGGGCAGCACUGUGCACAGCAUCCUGUGAUUCAGUAUCUCCUCCCACUGCAUGCAGACACUGAACUUUCCUCAUAGAGAUUCAUUGAUUCAAUUCAUCCAUAUGAGGAGAUGCUGAUUGGCCAGGGCUGUGUUUGAAUCAUGCUGGCUCUGCCCCUGAUCUGCCUCCUUGUCAGUCUCAGCCAAUCCUAUGGGGAAGCACUGUGAUUGGAUCAGGCUAUCACAUGUCAGCAGACUGCUUGUUUUUCCUGAGUCUAACAGCAUGCAGAGUUACAGCUUCUGGCUUGAAUACAGUAAGGCUUCUGGCUUGAAUACAGUAAGAUUUUUACAAUAUUUAUGGAGGCAUGAGGGGCCCAGGGUAGCUAGAUGGCGGUGUUAACACUAUAGGGUCAGGAAUACAUGUAGUUACACUGGUGAUUAUAGUGUCCCUUUGAAAAAAUAAGUAUUGCAUUUCCCAAGGUGUGCCACCCCUUCCCAUUGAUUGAUUGAUUAAUUAGCUUACAUCAUCUUGCUUUGUAACGGUCAAACCCAUAUUUAUUGUUAAAGUGCACAAAUGCAUAUCCGGCGUCGUAUUUACAUGUAAUAUAGUUCUAACAAUAGCACUUAAACUUUACUUUGUCUGGCAGUGACAGUUCAAAGUACAGAAUAGGCCAGCCCUUGUUCUUCUGACUCCCCAUGUAUACUUUCUAAAUUAAAGUUAGAAUUCAAAGUGCAUUUCAAAUUUAAGGUCAGAGUAUGUGAAUGGAAAGCAUAAUUGAUUUAGAGAAUUUUUCCAUUUUGGCUAAUUUGACCUUAAAGGGACACUAGGUACCCAGACCACUUCAGUUCAUUGAAGUGGUCUGGGUGCACUGUCCCAGGUCCCUUAGCCCAGAAAUACUAAUUACUGCAGUUUUUAAGAAACUGCAAUAAUGACUUAACUCCACCUCUAGUGGCUGUCUUUAAAAUAAAAUGAAAAAGUAAAAAUUCCUUUAAUCUUACCAAUAAUCCAGACUAGGCUAGGCCGCUGCUUCACCUCUUAAUGGAGAAGCAUUGGGGACCUAUUUGAUGUGUGUGGCAAUCAACACACAAUUCUCGCAAAGAAGCAUUAAAUUCAGUGCUUCUCUAAGGGAAGAAUUCCCAAUAGCCAAUAUCAUCAUGUUAUGUGUGAUAACAUUGAACAUGAAAACCUUUGUAUCAGCUGAUGUACUCAGACUUUCACUGGCUGCCCUUUGGAAUUUUACUUGCGAUGGGUAGCCAGUGAUAGAUGCUCUCCUACAUCAGCAGAGCCGAGGAGGCAGAAGACUAUACUGACAGGUGGCCACACAACUUCUCUUGCGCAUGUACAAGAGUACAACACUGAUGUCUAUGGAGAAUCACGCGAGACCAUGAGAACCUCCAUAGACUGUGCCUUUUUCCCUUCAGCCAUCACUAGUGACAGCUUGGGAAAAUGACAAAACUUGUCAAAUGUAGCUUUGCUUACCAUAUUAAGGGUUAAUAAGUAUGUAGGGGUUUAAUAAAAUACCCCUCUCUGACUCAUUAGAGAUUCUUUUGCCUUAAAGGGACACUAUUGUCACCAUAGCAACUUUAGCUUAAUGAAACCAUUUUGGUGUAUAGAUCAUGCUCCUGCAGUCUCAAUGCUCAAUUAUCUGCCAUUUAGGAGUUAAAUCACUCUGUUUAUGAACCCUAGUCACACCUCCUUGCAUGUGACUUGCACAGCCUUCCACAAACACUUCCUGUAAAGAGCCAUCUAAUGUUUAUCCUUCCUUUAUUGAAAGUUAUGUUUAAUUUAGAUUUUCAAAUCCCCUGCAAGUUAAUGGCUUGCUAGACCAUGCAAGAGCCUACUGUAUGUGAUUAAAGUUCCAUUUACAGAGCAAGAGAUAACAUUGUUUAAAGGACCACUAUAGUGCCAGGAAAACAUACUCGUUUUCCUGGCACUAUAGUGCCCUGAUGGUGCCCCCACCCUCAGGGACCUCCUCCCGCCAGGUUCUGGGGGGAGGAAGGGGUUAAACUUACCUCUUUAUCCAGCGCCGGGUGGGGAGCUCUCCUCCUCCUCUCCUCCCUCUUCUUCCGUCACCGGCUGAAUGCGCAUGCGCGGCAAGAGCCGCACGCGCAUUUAGCCAGUCCAUAGGAAAGCAUUUACAAUGUUUUCCUAUGGACGCUGGCGUCUUCUCACUGUGAAAAUCACAAUGAGAAGUGCAGAAGCCCUCUAGCGGCUGUCAAUGAGACAGCCACUAGAGGUUGGAUUAACCCUAUUAUAAACAUAGCAGUUUCUCUGAAACUGCUAUGUUUAUUAAAAAAGGGUUAAACCUAGCUGGACCUGGCACCCAGACCACUUCAUUAAGCUGAAGUGGUCUGGGUGCCUAUAGUGGUCCUUUAAGGUAAAUUACAUCUGAAUGGAAGUGAAACCAGUUUUUUCCAUGCAGGCUGUGUCAAUCAGAGCCAGAGAAGGUGUGGCAAGUGCUGUAUAAACAGAAACAAAGUGAUUUAACUCCUAAAUGGUAGUGGGUUGAGCAGUAAAACAUGAGAGGCAUGAUCUACACACCAAAACUGCUUCAUUAAGCUAAAGUUGUUUAGGUGACUUUAAGCUGAAGCAAGCAAGGUUAACUGUUUGUAUAGGACUCACCUAAGAGGUUUGCCUUGACAUGGCAGGUGGACUGACGUCUAAUGGCCAUUGGAGUGUAACUAGAAACCUCCAUUUAUAUAAAUAUGCAUAGGGAUUUGGAAUAGUGCGCAAGUAACUCUUUUUUUUUAUUGUAGCUUCGCCUUUUGACCAGAAAAAUACAUAAGACAAAGUAGCCCCCUUUUUUUUUCUUAUGCAGCUUAGGAGAAAAAUAAAAAGAAUGGAACUAGAGACAGGAAGAAAAAAAUAAUUGAUUAAAGGAUCACUAUAGGGUCAGGAACACAAACAUGUAUUCCUGACCCUAUAGUGUUAACACCACCAUCUAGCCCCCCUGGGCCCCUCAUGCCUCCAUAAAUAUAUCAAAAUCUUACUGUAUUCAAGCCAGAAGCUGUAACUCUGCUUGCUGUUAUACUCAGAAAAACAAGCAGUCUGCUGACAUGUGGUAGCCUGAUCCAAUCACAGUGCUUCCCCAUAGUAUUGGCUGAGACUGACAAAGAGGCAGAUCAGGGGCAGAGCCAGCAUGAUUCAAACACAGCCCUGGCCAAUCAUCAUCUCCUCAUAGAGAUUAAUUGAAUCAAUGAAUCUCUAUGAGGAAAGCUCAGUGUCUGCAUGCAGUGGGAGGAGAUACUGAAUCACAGGAUGCUGUGCACAGAGCUGCCCUGUGCUCUGCUGACAGCAGAUCUGAGUGGAUGGAGGCAUAUUAUGCCUCCAUCAACUCUGAAGUCCCUCUGGUUCACUCUGAGUGACUGCAACUGGAGGUGUUCCUAGCUUUCAAUGUAAACACUGUAUUUUCUUAGAAAAUACAGUGUUUACAUGAGAGAGGCUGCAGGGAGCUAUAGUUCUCACCUGAACAACCUCAUUAAGCUGAAGUUGUUCAGGUGACUAUAGUGUCCCUUUAAGGUAAGUAUGCCAUGACAGAGCAACUUAAAGGUAGUGGUGCGUAUGGAACAUGUUAAACUGUUCAGAAACCGCCUUUGUCUUUAAUUUUAAAAGACCCACCCCUCUCCUCUAUUCACAGUAAGAAGUAUGGGAACUCGGUUCCCUCUGCCCAUAAACAGGAAGAUUUUGUUUUAACAGCAAAAAGCAUGUACCAUUAAACAUGCAAAAGGUAAAUGUACCAUUUUUGGAAUAAUCUGUGGAAUUUAGCCUUCAUGGCUCUUUCUGUAUAUUGUUUAUUGGAACUACAACUUAUUUGGUGUAUUUCUUGGAAAAAGAAAUGCAAUUGUGAACAUGCCUAUGUACCCUUCGAGGUUCAAGUUGGUCAAACAAGGAAUAUCCACUUUAAAAGAUCAGUUGUUACCCUUUUUGCACUCUCUCUCCGUCUUGUACUUGAUUUGCGUUUACGUGAAAAUUAUACAUUCUAUAUGUAAAAGGUCUGUUUUGGUCUUCAGUAAAUAGAAGUUUAUGUCCUAAACUAUGUGAGUCAGUGUGUCGCCUAGAGGCCCGUGGGGGAAUCCCCAUUUGAAUUUAAAACCCUUUAUCUCAGUGGGAUUCCAUGAGUGGUUUUAGCUGCAGGCAGGUGUCAAGUCUUUGACUGCCAAACACCUAAAUCUAGGUAUUCUGCUGGUCUGUCUCUGCACUUUUAAAAAGAAACCGAGCAUAUAUUGCUAAAUCAGACAUAAACUGCAUAUGCAAUAUAUGUCCGACUCUAAAUAGGAAGCAAAUUGUGUGCAUGAUUGAUGCAGACCAUAAAUGGCAGAAAAAUUUAGUAAUUUAGAAUCAGAAAUAAAUCCUACUGAAAGUAUGGAAACAGAGUUUCCACUGUACUUGAGCCCUGGAGAUUAGCCUGUGUAAAUAAUAUACUUUUAUUUUGUUUUAAAUUAAAUUUUCAGUUACAUAAAUGGUUGUCUCUACAUCAUCUGUAGAUCAUGAAGUCACUGAAAAUGUCCUAAAUAACUCCACAUCUUGGUCAGACCUCCAGCCACAUCCCUAAAAAUGUCCCUCUUUGUCUAUUUGAAAUGUUGAGAGUUUUUAAAGACCUAAAUUGACGAUAUCAGAUCAGAUAAUCUAAAAAUCUAUUCAUUCGUGUGUAGCGACAAUAUGGCUGCAGCGACAAAACUGUGUUAUUACUCUUACAGCCUGUUCACGCGCCAACAGUGUAUGACCAUCAGUCAGGUGACGGUCGACCAAAACUACUAACAUAGGCCUCAAUUUAAUAUUGCUGGAUAAGCCUUUCAAAUUAUUUAAUACCAUUGAAUAGACUUUUAAAAUGAAUAAAUGUUCUUAAAAAUAGUUUAAUUUUGUAAUAUUUUGAUAUUUAAAAAAAUAUAUUUAUAUAUAUAUAUAUAUAUUUAUAAUUGUGAUGCUUUUUUGAUACUUUAAUAUGUUUAAAAUAAUUUUUAAAAUGUAUCCAUUAAUAUUAAAUCAUUUGGAAAGCUUUUCCAAAAAUAUUAAUUCACAGACAUAAUUAGUUCCCCUGUCCCUAUAACCUGGUUUGGUGUUCCGGGGUUCUACUUCUGUUACCCUUAAAUAUUAGAUGCACUUGCACAGAGCGUACUUAAACUCAAGUCAGUAAGACCCAACACCAUACUUUCUAACAUUUCAAAUGGACAAAGAGGGCCACUUUAAUUUUAGAGGUGCGAGUGGGGGUAUGGCUAAGGGAGUUUACUGGGAGUAAUAUUGCUGUGGAGCUCUGUUAUACACUCAGAUACACCGACAAUAUGAGCUCCAAGAAAAGAGGGACAGUAGGGCAGUAAAAAGGGACCGGUGGAUUUGGGACUAUCCCUCUUAAAUACGGUCACUCAGGAGGUAUGCACCACCUUUUCAGACAGUUUAGUCACUAAGUAAAUCACCAAUGACAUUCAUGGUGUCACUGGCCCAUCCACUUAUGGCCCUCUACGCACCACACCUCCUAACAUUUCAAAUGUAGAAAGAAGGACACUUUACUUUUAAGGGUGUGGCUGGGGGUGGCCAGGGUUGGAUCUGUUCUGAUAAAUUUUAGGUGACUAAUAGCAAUUUAUCUUUUACAAGCUUAUCUGAGGGGAGGAGAUGUGUGGGAUGUAUCUUAUGUCUUAUUGGUCGUUGUGUUAAUUAUGUGGGUGUCUCCCUUGCAUGGGCAAAAUCACAUAAAAGGAGAGUAUCUGCCAUUAAAAUUCAGUUCUUCUUGACACUUCAAAACGUAGCCUUGUCUCGUUAUUGAAAGGGGAUAUGCAGCGUAAUCACUUAGCUCUUUUAAGAGCUCUGCCUGACUCCUGCCUUGGAUCCAGUGGAUGGGAAUAAGCGACUCCACUACUAUACAGCGACUUGGUGGGAAGAAAAGGACGUCUCCAACGGCUGAUACCCUCUUACUACCUGGGUAGCCGUUACACCAUGGUCAUCAGCGCUGGGAUAAGGUAAGUUAAUAAAGGGUUUUUAGCCCUUUAUUUACUGGGUAGGAGAGGGGGGGAGGAAGAGGAAUCGGUAGUGCCUCCUUCCACAUCCCAACCAUACACCCCUAAUACCUAAACACACUUUGCAUUGUUCCAAUGAUCCCAAAUUAUACCCCAAUCCCUUGGCCAGUGCCAACCUUAUUUCUUAAUCCCAUGCCUAACCUGAGUCUUAUUUUCCUAAACCCAAACCCAAGCUAACAAUAAUCAGAUUUCUUUAUACAGCUUCCUAUCCCAGUCGCGUGGAUCCUCUAAUCUCCUGUUCUAUCUCAAAUUUGCCAUCUCAAACCUAAUGCCUUAUUUCAUGAACAUUACCCCAGCUUUAUUCAACUAAAUCCUUAUUAUACUCAAUUUUCAUACCUUUCAUAUCAACUUUUAAUCCUAUUUUGUAACCAUAAUCCAAUGUUCUACUCCAGUUUAUCCUUCCUAUUAAGUGAAUAUUAUACCCCAGCUUUUUUUCCUCCAAUCCCAUGCCCUACAUCUUUAUCUUAAUGUCAUACUGUAUCCCAAUCGUAUCCCACCAUCCCUGUCCUCUUCACAAAUUUAUAUCUGUAAUUGUAGCCUUUAAAAUAAUUUUUUCCUCCAAUCCAAAAUCCUACCCCAUUCUUAUACCCAUAAUAAUAUGUCUUACUACUGUAUUCCCAAAUUCUAUCCCAAUAUACAUCUAUAGUGGCAGGUAUGCGCGUUUUGUGCACUCAGUCAUAUGCAAUAACCAAAAUGUAUCCCCUAAUCUCACACUCAGCAUCUCACAUUCAUAUUCACUGCCCAUACACAUAUCUAAAAAAAAACGGAUGGAUUAGUUUGUGGAUGCUGAGAACCUAUGAGAGCAAAAGUUAGUUAGAAUGGUGGUAGAAUUUGGCAUGUACCUGUGCAGAACAGAACUUUUUCACUAUUCAUUAGUGGUGCAAUGUGAAACACCCUGACCUAUUGAUGCACAGGACCUGGAUAUGAAAUCUAAACAUUCCAUAGAGUUUACUGUUUUUCAUAUAACACCAUAAAGAGAUUUGUUUGCCAAAUAGGCACAGACAGAAUUUUGUUCCCUUAAGAAACUGUUUCAAUGAGAUUGGGAGUGCCCUUGAUGUCACACAACUUGGCCUGUUUUAAAAAAGAGGGAUUGGUAUAUGGUGCAUUAGAUGGUACCUGGACCCACUGGCAGCUGGGCUCUACGCAUCAGAAUGUGUACUACAAUUUAAUUUUGAUUCUUGUUUAUUUUCAUAUGAUACUUUUUAAUGUUUUGAAAUAAAUCCCAUACAGUCUCUUUGCAUAAGCUGAAAAAACACAUGCGUCCAUCAGCUUUACCCCUUCUCACAUCUUCUUUUGCUAUUGAGCCAAAAGAAGGGGGGGAAAAACAGUUGGAAGCUCUGUCAAGUGUGGUCUUUGGACUUUCUGUUGAUAUUAUUCUACACAUUAGGUAAGACUUGUGGUGGUGCACUAUACUUGCUUGGCUUUGAAAGUCAAUGCAAGGUAUCUUUGUGGCACACUCCCAUCUUGUGGCUUUUAGGACCAGAUGACUGGUCUUCUCUAGUCCAUCUAUUGUUGGACAAGGGGGCUUAUUGAUCUAUUGCCCCCAUUAUUGUAUUGCCCUUCACCUCACUGUGAUAGUGUGAUGGGACAGGUAAAGGCCAUUUAUAUCUCUCUCUCUUGUUGCAAGCUGGGGUGUGAAAAACCCCAACAAAAAUGCCUGUUCCCAAUCAGUCAAAUGGCAGCUGAUGGUAUAUCGGCUCAUUGUAUGUGUUGGAAUUUAAAUUAUAUUCUGUUCCUCCCAACAAGGGUUUUGCAUGACAGUCCUAAAAUUUUAAUUCUGUCUCACCAUCCUGGAUUUGUUACCUUGUGUCUCAAAUCUGAGGACACCGGUGAACUGUCCCUAAACAUCAAAGUGUGAGCACAUCAUGAAACAUGUUUGUGCUGAUAACCUCACGGCUAUCAGCCCAUCUAAACAGUGUAUACAUUUACAGUCAUCUUUAUAAAAAAAAAUGUAAAACAUUUAGCUGUGAUAUUAACGUUCAGGCUAGCUAAAAUUCUUUCAAGUAUAUUCACUUUAAGUGUGAUACGUUUUAGGCCGAAAUAGCUGAAUUGAAAACAUAGUUUAAUUUAAUCAUUUUAGCUAUUUUGGCCUAACAUUUGAAAUUAACUUUUAGUUAAUGACCAUGCGAACAUUAAACUCCUUCCCCCUGGCUGACUCUAAAUUUUCUAGAUUUUUAAGAGCCGUUCAAUAUAUUGUGUAUCCUUUAAGAAGCACUCCAACUGUUCUGGAUGGUAUUUCCUUUGACGCUCAUCCAGCGAAAUGGCUGCCUGCGCAUUGUGGGAAAGGCUGUCUGCAAUAGCUGGAACACUAAAACGUUUAAUAUCAUCAUCAUUAGCAUUUACAGUGCCUUGCAAAAGUCUUCACCCCCUUUGACUUUUUGCCAAUUUUGUUACAUUACAGCCUUAAGUUCAAUGUUUUAUUAAUCUGAAUUUUAUGUGAUGGAUCAGAGCACAAUAGUCUAAGUUGGUGAAGUGAAAUGAGAAAAAUAUAUACAUAAAACUAUUUUUUAGAAAUAGAAAACAGAAAAUUGUCAUUUGCGUAUGUAUUCAUCUCCUUUGUUAUGAAGCCCAUAAAAAACUCUGGUGCAACCAACUCUCCAAAAAGGAAGGGACAAUGUUGUUGAGAAGUACAAGUCAGGGUUAGGUUAUAAAAAAAAUAUCAAUCUUUGAUGAUCCCCUUGGAGCACCAUCAAAUCUAUCAUAACCAAAUGCAAAGAGCAUGGCACAACAGCAAACCUGCCAAGAGACGGCCGCUCACCAAAACUCACGGACCGGGCAAGGAGGGCAUUAAUCAGAGACUGGAGUAUCUGUACAUAGGACGACAAUAAGCCGUACGCUCCAUAGAGUUGGGCUUUAUGGCAGAGUUGCCAGAAGAAAGCCAUUACUCUCAGGAAAAAAACUAAAUGGCAUGUUUUGAGUUUGCGAAAAGGCAUGUGAGAGACUCCCAAAAUGUAUGGAGGAAGGUGCUCUGGUCUGAUAAGACUAAAAUGUAACUUUUUGGCCAUCAAAGAAAACGCUAUGUCUGGCGCAAACUCAACACAUCACAUCACCCAAAGAACACCAUCCCCACAGUGAAACAUGGUGUUGGCAGCAUCAUGCUGUGGGGAUGUUUUUCAGCAGCCGAGACUGGGAAACUGGUCAGAGUCGAGGGAAAGAUGGAUGGUGCUAAAUACAGGGAUAUUCUUGAGCAAAACCUGUACCACUCUGUGCGUGAUUUGAGGCUAGGACGGAGGUUCACCUUCCAGCAGGACAAUGACCCCAAACACACUGCUACACUUGAGUGGUUUAAGGGGAAACAUGUAAAUAUGUUGGAAUGGCCUAGUCAAAGCCCAGACAUCAAUCCAAUAGAAAAUCUGUGGUCACACUUAAAGAUUGCUGUUCACAAGCGCAAACCAUCCAACUUAAAGGAGCUGGAGCAGUUUUGCAAGGAGGAAUGGGCAAAAAUCCCAGUGGUAAGAUGUGGCAAGCUCAUAGAGACUUAUCCAAAGCGAUUUGGAGCUGUGAUUGCCGCAAAAGGUGGCUCUACAAAGUAUUGGCUUUAGGGGGGUGAAUAGUUAUGCACAUUGACUUUUUAUGUUAUUUUGUCCUAUUUGUUGUUUGCUUCCCAAUAAUAAAAAAAAAAAAAUUAAUCUUCAAAGUUGUGGGCAUGUUCUGUAAAUUAAAUGAUGCAAAUCCUCAAACAAUCUAUGUUAAUUCCAGGUUGUGAGGCAACAAAACACGAAAAAUGCCAAGGGGGGUGAAUACUUUUGCAAGGCACUGUAUAUAGCGUCUACAUUUUCUCAGUGCUUUAAUUAUAGAAGGGAGAUAUUUCACAACAAGUAAUUGGCAUACAGAAUAUUAACAAAUGAGCUCACAAUGUAUGAGGAGUCUUGGGUUCAACUGUACAGCGCUGUGGAAUUUGUUGGCGCUAUAUUAAUAAUAAUCACUGUAGUGCAAACCAGUCAAAUACAUGUGAUUUGUAUUGACUGGAUUCACUAAAUAAAUGUUUCCCAAAUUCCUACAGAAUGAGAGAUCUGAGGUGAUAAGGUAUGGUUUUAAAUGUCUGAACUUCCAACACUCUGCCAUUCAUCAGAUGUCUAUCAUCAUUUCCCAGAAAUGAAGCACUCCACUAACCUGUCACGCCACUAGUGAACUCUAGAUAAAGGGUUCUAUUUAACAAUUUGCAGGAAAAGCAGUUAAUCGUAAUUUACAGCCCUUAAGCCUUUUGCAAACCAAGGGGCCAGCAGACCCGCUUGGCAGGAUAAUGGUUAAACGUCUGCUUGGAAUUCAUUAACCCUUUGAGCUUCAAAUAGAAUUUUUUUUGUAUUUUGUCUUUUUUUUAUUUUUUAUUUACAUUCAUUUUUUUUUAUGUUGUAUGCUGAAAAUAGUACACUGUAAACCUUAAUAAACCUACAUCACAGCUGCAAAUACUGGUCAGAACAAGCAUCUUGUAUGAAAUUAAACAUACUAUCUUUUCAUCAAUCAUAGAUAUGUAUGCAUAUAUGUGCAAUGCAUCCACAGUGCGCAGGAAGUAUUUUUUUUUUCUUUUUACUUUUCUAUUACAUACAUGUUUUACUCAUACCUACCAAGUGUCCUUUUUUAAGGAAGGCAGUCCCUAUUUUGGCCAUAAAUUCCUCCUUUUUUGUUUUCUUUCUUUUCCAGCACUGUUUGUGUUGGCUGGAUUAGCUAAAUGCAUUUUUCCAAAUUCCCACAGUACUAGAUUGGGGAUUAUAAGGCAUCGUUUUAAUUAUAUGUUAUCAGUAGAAAACCCAAUAUUAUUCUGAAAUAGUAUCACUAAAUCUCCAAUCACUGAUUUAUUUAUUUUUUAAAACUAUCACAUUUUGUGAACCUUGAAGUUGGUGUUUUGAGAUUGAGUGAGCUGGAUCUCACAUGUUGCAUUAUUGGCCCCAGCAGCACUUUUAUAAUGUACGCAUGCUUAAAGGGACACUAUAGGCACCCAUUUGAAGUGGUCUUUGUGCAGUGUCUCUGUCCCCCUUAGUCCUGCAAUGUAAGUAAUUGUAGUUUUUGAGAAAAUAGGCCAAGACUGCCUAUAGUGGCUGUAAAUCAGAAAGCCACCAAGGGAACUUCCAGGUGGCUAAUCGACUUUAGGUCACCUUACUGACGCUGGAAGUUCUCACACUCUGCAUGAGUAAACUCCCCAUAGAAAAGCAAUGAAGUAAUGUUUUCCUAUGGGGAGGGCCUAAUGAGCUCAGAGAGCUUGCAGCGCAUUAGGCCGCCCUCCCUAUUGGAUGACAGAGGAUUAGGCGGAGUAUCGACCCAACACCAAGGGAGAUCAAAACUGGAGUCGGGUAAGUGUUAAAAGGGUUUUUUAACCCUCCCCAUUCUUGUUAGGUUGUGGGGGGGGGGCAUAGAAUACAACUUUGUAUUCCUUAAACCAGCGUUUCCCAACUGGUGUUCCGUGGACACAAAUAGGGUUCCGCCGUGAUUUCCCCAAACAAAAUGGCUGCUACGAUUUUAUCUCAAAUCAGGGGCCCAGUCAUGCUCUUACAUACACACAGAUACACACACCUUGACACACAGAUACAUACACACACACACAGAUACACACUGUGUUUGUAUCUGUGUGUCAAGAUAGGUGUAUCUGUGUGCCACUAUGUGCCUGUGUGUCAGAUACAUACACACACACACACACACAGAUACACACUGUGUUUGUAUCUGUGUUUUAAGGUAUGUGUAUCUGUGUGCCACUAUGUGCCUGUGUGUCAGAUACAUACACACACACACACACAGAUACACAUUGACACACAGAUAUACACACCUUGACACACACACACCAAAAAAAAGGUUUACACAACAACGCAAUUUUUUUAAUUUUUUUUUUUUUAAAGGUGGGCCAAUUACUAUAUCCUUUUAAGUAAAUGAAGACUUUCUGGUUGCAUGUGUAAAUAUAUCUGGAAGUCCAGGCCAACUCUUCAGACUAGUCUCAGGUCACAGGUUUCCCUUUCCAGUGCCCUACUUAACCAUGCACUACAGAUAGCCCAAGGGGCUGGACUUUCCAAGCAGGGAGCGCUAGAUUGGAGUGACCGGGAGGAGACUUUCCUGUACCCAGCUGGACUGCAAGGAUGUGCUCACCGAGAGAGGAAAACAUUGUGGGGGAGAAAGAAGACUAUGGGACAGGGGAUGGGAGGGAGAACACUAUGGGACAGGGGAUGGGGGGGAGAACACUAUGGGACAGGGGAUGGGGGAGAACACUAUAUGGGACAAGGGAGGGAGGAAAGAACACUAUAUGGGACAGGGAAGGGGAAAGGAACACUGGGAUAGGGGGACUACUAAAAGAGAAGGGAGAGGAAAAUUAAGGGUAAUUGGGGGGCACUAAGAGACAAGGGGGGAGUAGAGGAACACUAAUGGACAUGGAGGGGAGGAGUGAGGAACACUAAGGGGCCUGGAGGGGAGAGUGGCACACAGGGGGGCCUGAGUGGGGAGAAAAAUGAACAGAGGGAGAUGAGGAGAGAGAAAGACACACAGAUGGGCCUGGGGUGAGAAAGUUCACAGAGGGGCUGGGGGUGCAAAUACAAAGGGGCUAGGAGUGAAAGAGACUCAGAGGCGCUGGAGAAAAUUAAAAAGAGACACAGAAUGGCUGGGGCGAGAUAAACGGGCUGGUGGUAAAAGAGAAACACACAAAGGAGCUGGUAAGAGUAAAAAACACAAAGGGGCUGGGAGAGAAUGAGACACACAAAGGGGCUGGGGGGAGUAAGACUCACAAAGGGGGGUUGUAAGAGAUACACAAGAGAGGUGUAAGACAAUGUGUGUGUGUGUGUGUAUUUUAUGUAUUUACUUUUUGUAGCAGAUUGAAAAGGAAAGUAUGUAUUUUUUGUUUAGGAAAGAAUAGUCUUUGAUCAGAGUUCUUGUGGUCGUCUUGCGUUCCCCAGUAUCAUCAUUAAAAUGUUCCUACUCAUUAAUCUCCGAGAAUAUACAGUCACAGCGUGAAGUUACAGUUAGUAACAUAACAAAUGAAUAAUGUACAAAGGCAAUCCUUCAGUAUGAUAAACACAAGGAGGUGAUCAUCAUAAAUCAACACAAAGGCUUUUUUAUAUAACCAAUACCAUUAAUAACUGCCAUUUCUGUUCUUCCUGCUUUAAAACUCCUGAAUUGCCCAGGUAUUUAAAAAUGUAGAUGAUUGUUACAUGCUAAUUGAACAGCAUUUCCCAGUAAGUGUGUAACAAAUCAGAAUAUAGAUAAGUAAUGUUAAGUUCUGGGAAUAAGCAGCUCUAACUCUGCUUUUAUGACAUAAUCUAUCGCAUAAUGUCUGACUUUAGGCUAUAGUGUAUUGUCGCUUAUUCAAUUACAGAAUUCCUGCAAUAACAGAUUGACUGAUUCAUUUCUGUGUAAGUGGUUUAAAUCUAUCUAUCAAUCUAUAUAUCUAUCUAUCUAUGUAAGUGGUUUAUAUCUAUCUAUCUAUCUAUCUAUCUAUCUAUCUAUCUAUCUAUGUACGUGGUUUAUAUCUAUCUAUCUAUCUAUCUAUCUAUCUGUGUACAUGGUUUAUAUCUAUCUAUCUAUCUAUCUAUCUAUCUGUGUACAUGGUUUAUAUCUAUCUAUCUAUCUAUCUAUGUGCGUGGUUUAUAUCUAUCUAUCUAUCCGUGUACGUGGUUUAUAUCUAUUUAUCUAUCAAAAUGCAAAACGUGGUUGUGUGUGUAUAUAUUAAAUAAUUAUUAUAGAAACAUAUUUCAUUAUUAUUUUUUUAUGUAACUGUAGAAAUAGAAAAAAAGAUCUGGUUGCUUUUUUUAAAAUAAAAUAUUUAAGGAUAUAAUGUUUGUUUUCUUUAGUAUUUUUUUGUUUUAUUUUUUUUAUUUUUUUUUUAAUUAGCCAUUUUGCCUGAGAUGUGUGAAAGGCUAGACAUUUUUUUUAAAUCUGUAUAACUAUAACCAUGUAAUAUAAAAUACUGGUAUUAGUCAUUUAUACUUUGAUAAGCAGUUCAAAGCCCCUCAUUUUAGACAACAUUACUUUCUCUGUAAGCGUUAUUGCAAUGUGUACAUUUGCUCACACAUGAUACAGUAUCAUUGAUGGUUUUACUUACCAAUGGUUUUUUUCAUAUAACUCCCCCAAAAAAAUAUCUAUCCAGAAUUUUUCUGGACUUGCACCCAAGUAAAACUAGAUGACCACCCCAAGAAAACAUAUUCCAGCUCUAAACCCUGCAACUGCAAACGUUUUAUCGCUUAGUCUUCCCAUUAAUUAUAUAAACACUAUGCAAAAAACACGCUCUCCCCAUCUCCCUUGUCCUGUUUAUAUCCCCCCUCCCCCCAUGUCAUCACCUACUCCUCGCCCCAGAGUCCACCUCUACUUCACCAAGGUCCCAUCCUUCCCAAUAUUAUCCUUACAUUUUUGUCUAAUGAAGUGUACAGCAGAAGUAGGUGCAAAUAUCCUUUCUGUUGUUGCAACACUGGGCCUUUGGAGCUUUUACUUCCUACCUUGUUGUGGUUCCUCAGAGGACAACGGGCCUUCAUUCACUUGCCUAAGAUUCAUUGCUGUGAUUGGAUUAGUUGGAAGUGCAAAUAUUCCAGUCUCAAAACAAAAACAUUCAAAAGCAAAAUGAAAAUAUUAAAAACCAAUGCAGAAGAUUCGUAAACAUAGAUAAAAUGUAUACAACACUUGGUAAGAUUGCAAAAUGUUUAUAUGUCCUUUUUUAGCCCCCAUCAUUUUACAGUAGUCAAUGAUAGCAGACCGUGUCCUGGUAUUUAAGUUUUAAUUUUUUUUAGUCAACUUAUCUAAUUUACCUUUUCUCAUUCUCUGAUCUUUAUAUACUAAUGUAUACCUCCCAGUGUAGGGAGGUGUGUAAACCAGGAAUAGGUUGGGCAGGUCUAAGCAUGGGCCAGUGCCUGACCCGCAUUACUGGCACCUCUAAAAUGUAGAGCCUGCCUGAAGAAGGGGCAUAUCAGCCUGGUGUGAAUUUGACCACAGAAAAGGAUGAGCAUGCACCACGAUGUGACAGCACUCUUUGCAUGCUCAUAGUGCCCUUCGGGUAGCGCAAGCUUGGCUAUCGAUUCAGUCGCUCAAUGCUUUCUAAAGACUGUUCCUUGGUGUCCACAAAAACUAGACACCAGGGAACAAGCAUGGGAUAGUGGGAAAAGAGGCCAAAAUCUGUACUAUCUCUCCAAAUUCAGAGCAAUUGGUAGACCUGCUAAUUUGUAAUUCUAAUGAGCUUUUUAUCUAGCAGCAUCAUAGAAGAACAGUAGGUGGAGUUAUCUGGAGGUGUGGGAUACACAUCCUCAAAGGCAGGCCACAUAUGUCCUUUGAGUGGAACCAUACCUCCUAGGUACGUAGGAAUGGCAGGGAAUUAGGAAUAAAUAGUGGUCCUCAUACUCAAAACGUUUGGAACCACAGAAAUAGAGUUCCGUUUCUAAGAUUGCUUGGGAUAAUGAGCGCAUCCCAUUGAUAAUCCUGAGAAAUGAAUUACAAACUUAUAAGCUUUUACUUUGAAAAUCAGAGGUGAAAAUCAAUGAUUUGUACCUUGGCAACAGUAGCAGGUUACAAUCACAAAAGGGGGAAAAAAAGUUUAGUAUAUGACUAUAAAAAGCACAAUGUUUAUGUUACAUUCUUCAGCUGUCCUAUUAACUAAUCGUGUUUCCUUCUUUGUUUAAAAAAAAAAAAUCUCAGUUUCUGGUCUCACUCAUAGAGGUCCAAAUACUUAAACAAGACUUGAUUAUAAAUAGUAGCUCGCUAUAUAAAUGUUGUUAAAUAGAUCAGGUUUUGUGUGUUUACAGAAAAGCAGUACAAUUAGAUUUGGAGUUACAUUUUUAGUAUAAAAUUUAAUUAUGUAUUUACAGACUUUUCUUAUAUGAUGUAAACAAGACCAUUUUUGCCAGAUUUUGUAAUUAUGAAAUUUAAAGGGGAACUGUCGCUCCUCAGGCUUUUUAAUAUAACUCUUACUUAACCCAUAUGUUUAGCAAAUUUGUGAGGUGUGAAAAAUAAAAUUAACUGAAAAAUUAAACACCUCCUUACAUUGCACCUAGGUGCCUGCAACUUAGCUCCCUCUCACUCAUUGGUAAAAUUAUUCUUUGCACUCCGCAGUCAGCAAUUAGAAAGCAUUCAGGGAGGAGGAGAAACUAAACAAAAUUAAAUUUUCUCCUUUUUAUUUGCAAUGUUUCCCAUGGUGUUGCCUUGUCUGAAGUGGAUUGUGAUGUAAUUUGCUAAAUCUUUAAUAUAUGUUAAAGAAAAAGGAGCAUAUUUUACGAAAUACAUUCUAAUAAAGCUACAGUUAAUGGUUCAAUAUUUUAUUCAAUGGUGUACAUUUCAGAGCAGUGACAAUUCCUCUUUAAAAGCUUGACAAACAAUACUUUAUUUAUACAGUGACACAGUGAUCCAGGAGAAUCACAUUUGUCCAGAUUAACAUUUCUUUUAACAAAAUUCCCAAGUUCCCCGAGGUUAGAUCAAAUUGUCGUUUGUUUCUUUAUUUAUGUAUUAUUAUUUUAUUUUGCCACCCAUUUUGCUUCUCACGCAUCUGCCUACCCGGUAGAGCCACAUGACUUAUGUCAUUUUCUGACUGGAUUAUAGGAAUAUUAUAGUAUGGCCUUUGCUGUCUUUCAAAUGCACCACCAUUACAGAGAAACAGGAGUAUGAUGCAUACAAUGUUACACUGAUUGAUUGAAUCAAAGCCUAUUUUCUUAUAAUAAACUGCUAAUCUUACAUAUGUUUUUUGAAAUGUUUCCAUUGUCCAUUAUCUUACAUUUCUCUUAAUUUUGCCUUACAGGUGAUUCAGAAUUAUGGAUACAUCAAAUAUAAUGUGAAGUAUUCAGAGCUACUCAGCGGAACCUUCAUUUUCAUUGAGUAGAGCAAGCAGUGUCUUCAUUCUUGCACAGUUCUGCCACCAGAUUCUUAAUUCUCGCACAGUAUCGCAACCUAAAAACUCUUAGCAGCUUUGCUCACGCAUUGCAGUAGCUUGAUUCUUCAUAUCUGCACAGUCCAGCAACGUAAGACCUCAUAACUACCCAGUGCAACAGCCUUAACCUUCAUUCCUCAGCACCCUGAGUCUUAAUUCUUACACAGUAUUUAUGCUUGAGCCUCCUUUUUCACACAUUACAACAACUCAAGCCUUUGUUUUCACAAAGUGCAACCAUGAAUCAUCAUUCUUAUACAAUGCAGCAACUUGACUGUUCAUUCUUGCACAGUACACCAACUUGAGUAAUUAUUCUUGCACAGUUACAGCAACCUGAGUAUUGAUUUUUACUCAGAGUAUUCAUUACUGCACAGAGCAUCAAUCUGGGUACUCCGUUCUUUCACAGCGCAUCAACUAUUCAUUCUCUCAGAGCACAGCACCCUCUAUAAUCCUUUCAAAACAGAGCAACAACCUUAGUUUUCAUUCUCACUGGUUUCUGCAGCCUGGCUUGAUUAGCCUGACGAUGGUCACACUUCGCUGGAGUUGUUUUCGUCGCUCCCUCUGUCCAUCAUCCAUUUUUGCAGCCAUGAGCUCACAGGCUGCCCAACUAUCCUACCACUACAAAUCUUUCUGUGGGGACUACGAGCAGGUGGAGACUGCUCUAGAGCGGCUAGAGGCUAGUGGCUACUAUUGGAGCACCCUCUCUGGCACAGAUGCCAAAAAGCUUUUAUCUGACCAGCCUGUGGGAUCUUUCCUAAUCCGUGACUCCUCGGAUCAUCACCACCUUUUCACUCUCAGUCUUCGUACAUCUGCAGGAAUUACCAACCUACGUAUUAAGCUUGAUGGACCUUCUUUCUACCUGGAGACGGUGGCAGGAGCAGAGAGCCCACCUACAUUUCCUUGUGUGGUUAAGUUGGUUGAGCAUUACAUGCGCCUUACAGCAGCAGGAGAAUCAGACGCCAACUUGUGCUACAUAGAGGGCAAGGAUCACCCGGCUCCUCUCAUGCUGACACAGCCAUUAAAUUGCAAAGUUGUGUCUCUACAGUACUUAUGCAAAAGGACAGUUGUAGCAAAUAUGCCUUCAGAAGCAUCUGGCUCCAGUGAAAACAUGGAGGAGCUUCCUGUUUCCAAAGUGCUUCGGAAUGCCUUCAGAAAUUGAAUAACAUCCUAAAUUUGCAAAAGACAUAAUAGUUCUUAAAACUUUUUUUUUCUUUUAGCAUUAAUUGAAUGAUGAAGUCAUUCUUAAAAAGAAAGCAGAAACAUAACACAAUGACAAGACAAGUUUGAGAUACGCUGUUUUUCUUUGUGAACCUCAGAAACAUGAAACUGAAAACUCUUAACAAUGCACAUGGCUUUCAUAGGGAAUAAAAAGAUUUAAAAAAUCAGUACUUUAGUUUCUAAGCAUUAUACAUGAUGAUUGACUGGAUUUUACUGAGGGUGGCCAACUGUUCUUGCAGUGCGAUGGCUAGUGAAUGUUACUGGUCCUGAUUGCAAAAUAGAUGACUUAUUAAUCAAAUGUCUUCUCCAUAACCAGUCCAUUGCACCUGAGCCUGUAUAUUACAGGUCCUUCAGUGAAUAUUAUGCUUCAGUGAAUAUUAUUAAACUAGACCACGGUCAGGCAACCUUGGCACUCCAGAUGUUGUGGACUACAUCUCCCAAAUUGUUCUUACAACCAUAAUUCUGGCAAAGCAUCAGUGGCGAUUUAGUCCACAACACCUGGAGUGCCGAAGGUUGCCUACCUCUGGACAAGACUGUAGUGAACAUUUUUAAUAGACCAGAGACAUUGCAUUAGACCAUCUCCCCAGAAUCAUUUGCUUUGAGCUAUGGCAGACCUAUUUUGGAAGCAAACAGGGUGACUACACUUAAAAUGCUUUUUAAAAAAUCAAAUGCAAUAUUGAUUUUUUUUUCUAAUCUGCUCAUUAUGGUUUUUAUUAACUUUAACCAUUCUGCAGCAUCCCGAAUCAAUGUUUCAUUAUCGUUAUUUUGCCAGCCCCAAUGAUACAUAUAUGAUUUUUGUUUUGAUUUCCACGCAUUAUCCCAUACAUUACGAUAGACCUCAAAAGAUGAUGUGUUAUCACUGACUGCCAAUCUACCUUACCAGUGAAGAUUCAUUGUAUCAUGGUGGAACACUAUUCCAUAUUAUUUUGUUUGACAACCCUGUUCGAUGUUUUGCAUUACAUCACUUUUUUUUACUAUUUUACUGUAUAAUUAUUAUGACUAAUUUAUCAUUGUUUAACAAAGAGACAAGACGAGAAUUCUUGAAAUUGUUAUCAAGCAGUUAGUAGACCUACAAUAUACUUAAGCAGAACCCACCAAAACAGUGCCAUCCAAACUGUGUGUUAAAAAAUGUCAGGAUAUAACAAACCUGUAAUGACCGUCCCCUCACAAGAGCACAGUGUCAUUUUAGCAUUGGUCAUAAUGGCGUACAUCACAUAGAGGAGAAUGUUGUAAGUUUAACUCAUAGAAUUUUGAUUGCUGAUGUCCCCAGUAACUCCACUUACUAAUGUGGGUUAGCCUGUAAACAUGGACACAGGGGUUUGAGUUGCCUAACCCAUAAUGCUAUGUGGCCCUAAACUCUAUCUACCAACUGUACCCUUUACAGUGAUAUGAAAAAGUGACUUUUAUGCCUCACGUUUUAAUACCCUUGAUUUCAGCACUGUUAUAGUGGUCCUCUGAUAGUCUAACACGUUGAAUUUACCAUUUGGACUGUGCUGUUUUGAAUACCACCAAAAAGUACAUUCUCCUGCCACGUCUGCACCACUCAUGGAGUUUUUAUUAAUUUAUAUUUUGAAUAAUAUAAUUUUAACUUGGUAAGGACGUUUUUUUAUUUCAUCAUAACAUUCUGAUCUUUAGACAUCCUGUUCGGCCUUGAAUUGCUCACAUUUAUUAUUAACUGAGCUCUACAGAGCAGCUGAUGGAAAAUAAUUAACCUAUUCAAUGCUGACAUUUUCUGUGAUGGUGGCAUGGACUGGCACUUGUACUUAUAGGGUUAAAAAGUCCUCUAGUAAAACCACAUGAUAAAAUUACUAACUAGAGUUCACAGAUGGUCCUAACUCGGACUACACUAUUCUCAUUUACAUCACUCUGCUUUUGUAGACCUACAGUUUGCAGAAGUCAUGUGUGGCAACUGAGGUCAUAGUUUUUUAGUAACUCAGAAAUCAAAAGAGCCGGUAGCACUGAAGUUAAACUCAGUGUACUGUUAGCUGUGUUUAUAGUGUUUUCAAAUGAAGUCAAAGUUUUAUUUUUAAAGUGGACUUGAUUUGGUCCCCUCUAAAGAGUAAAAUUUCAUCUAAACAUUGUACUAACAAAUGUAUAGAUGAAAAGAUAUUAAAUUAAAUAUAAUUCUCACUUUAUUCGGCUAUACUUCUAUGCUGUUCCAGUAAAACUAUAAACUUGGAAUUUCUGCUAUGGCGGCAUUGCACGACUCAUUUCCAAUCCAGGAGGCCUUACAGUGUUUGAACUAAGUAAACUUCACAUAUUUUUUUAAUAGAAGUGCUUGAUGGCAAUUUUACAAGCGCAGGGUAAAAAUUGCACCUAUACUUUUCGGUACAUGGUUUGUAGAUGGCAGGCUCAAUUUAAACACUUUACGGCAGUUGAAAUAUGGUGUACUGAAUUAUGAAUUCAAACUGCCAAUACGUGUGUGUUAAAAAAAUACGCCCCAUGCUUAUCUCAAAUAUAAUAAAACAGGCAUAUUAAAGUGUACCUGUUACAAUACACAUUUGUCUAGUGUAAAAUGAAAUGAAAUUCCAUUUAUACAUUGUGAUGGCAGAAUUGCUAGAAUAUGUAUAAAUUGGUAGCAAACCCUAUUUUAAAACCAGUCAAGUCUUUAUCAGUGAGUCAACAUUGACUGACAGGAAGAGCAGGAGAACCCUCAAUCAGGCAGCACCUUUGCUUUCUGACUUAGCAACCACAACUACAGCUUCUAGUAUGUGUCGGAAUCCAGGAGAAGGAUUGUCCCAUACCAAAGCAGGGUCAAUCCUUUUCACAGUGUGUGUGUGGGACACAGGCAGUAAUGAAGGUGCUGUUACAGAUGGAGGUGCCGGGCCCGAGGUUAGUUAAGCCUACAGCUAUAAAGUUUACAUUGAAUUUAUAUUUAUCUCUAUGAUAAAUUAUAUAUUCAGGUCCUUUGGUUGGGGUUCAUUUAUACUGAAUCUGUCACAACUGGUUAACUUUAAAGCAGAGAACUUUUUGAGCACAAGUGUUUUAAAUAAUGCAGUGCCUUUUAUAUUUUAAUCCAAAUUCAAUAUAAUAAGAUUUGUUUAAAACUAUGUAGAUUAUUUUCAGCAGUUUAUUUGAGGACGUAUAAAUAUGAAUAUCUAUAUAUAAGAUUUGUAGUCCAUCCCAAGAACAUUUUAAAAAAAAACUCCUGAGGAUUUAUCUGCUAAACAAUAGAUUGGCAAAUUAGCCCUUUUUUGGCUUAAAUUGUCAAUUCACUAAGUGUUAUGCCUGUGGUGCAGACAUUGAGUGUAUUUUUUGGUGUUCCAUUCAAUUUCUCCUAAAUACAAUUUGUUUGUAUCUUAAAUCCUUAUAUUUUUUAUUAUAAUGUUUUUUUUUAUCAUUGUUAAUAUACGUUUAAACUAUUUAAAGUGAUGUUUUAUAUAAAGUGAGUAUAUCUGAAACAAGGGAAAUGAAUGUACACACGACAGCAUUAAUAUAGAAUUAGCAGCCAUUAUUAUCACUUUGGAAAUUGUAUAAAAUUGUAAUUGGGUAUAUUUGUGUUAAGAUUUAGUACAUUUCGUACUAAUUUAAUGCUGAAUUACCGUUAUAGCUCUUACAAGAAUUGUACAAAAAGCAAACAACAAAAACCAAACACAAUUUAUUUUUUUUCUUCCUAAGAGUAAGAUUAAAAGUAAAAAGAAAUAUUUUCUACAGUGUUCAGCAAAUUUUUAAUUAAGCUACCUGUGUCUUCCCUCUGUUGCAUCUUCACCCUGCUGAAUUUGGAAAUAUAUCAUAGUGGUGUUCAGUUAAUCCCAUCUUGAAUUAUGAUAGACCCCCGAAAACAUACAUGCGCAGUCAUCCUCCUGUUACGAGUGGUCUGUGACAGAUGCAAGAUAUCACGCACAUUUGUUACACCAGGUAAAAGUGUUUCGGAGCUGAGCCCCCUCCAUCUCUUCUUUCUGUUGACAUUAUUUUGUCUGUCAGUCAUUUUCUGUUAUCUUCAUUUUACAACUGAAAAGAGCUGUAGGGGAUGUAUAAAUUAAGAUAACAUUAGUUAGAAAGUGGAAUAUAAACUUUCACAGUGUCAUGCAAUAUGGAAAAAAAUCACUUUAUCAACACAUCAACCGGAAAACCAUUAUUUUCCUGGCAGAGUUGUGUAGAUAUCAUUUGAAUAUGCCUUAUUAAUCAAGUAAAUGGCGUUUCAGUCGACUAUAGAGAUCAUCAAAACACAUGAUUCACUCAUUCACAUGCCUGCAGGGUUUAAACGCCAUUUGGUGCAUUAAUUUAUGGAGAAGGGGUGUGUAGAGUGAGGAUGAGAAUGAUUUUGAACAAAAAGUUCUGUAUCAUCAAGACCCUUUUACCUACCUUUUACUCAUGUGAGACGAGGUCAGAAACUCAAUCUCAACAAAAGUAGCAAGGUGAGCAUGCGAUGAUUAGACUCGGUGACUACAUUCUCACUUCAUUUUUCCCUUAACACAGCUAUGCUCUGCUAAAGGUUUUCUCAUUUCUUCUUCUUUAAACAUUUCACCAUUAAACAGAGUCCAGCAUAAAGUGAUUUUUAUUAAAACGUAUUCAUCCAUUGUAGAGGUGUACCUAGGUUACAUCUCACCCAGGGUGGAAAUGUAAUUUGGCAAAUCCCCCCAAACUGUAAAAAAACAUUUUGGGGGUCUGCAACACCACCAACCCCCUUUUGUUAGUAAAAUUAAACGUACCUGCUGACAUUCAUGCACACAUACAUAUUCAUACGCACUUACAUUCAUGUUCACACAUUCAUAUACACACACGGACACAUUGAUAUACAUAAACACAGAAAGAUAAACACACACAGACUCACAAAUACAUAGACACACAGGGAUAUCACUAAAGUCUGAAUGGCCCUGUUAAGAACAGUACAAAAGCACCUGGCUGAGUAAGAGGCCAUACAAAGUGUAAAAUCCAGCCAUUGCUCACACUAUUUAACAACGUCUUGAUUUUGCAAUUAAGCUGGAUGCUUCAAAUCUGGGUCUAGAUUUUGUUUUAAAAAAAAAUCAGAACUAUUUGCCUUUUGGUACUGCUAGCAGCAAGUGGACAAAUGGCUGAAAACGAGGAUUAUUAAGUGGUGAAUGGCCAGUGCUUCUUAGUUAAAUAAAUACAUUUUUAAAAGCCUUAUAAUAUAAGGAGACGAAACCUAGUGUCACUCCCCAGCACUAACUUAUUGGUGGUGGGUGGGAGCCAUAAUAAUAUUCACGGUGGACACCUAGAGUCCUCCCUCUAGCCCACACCCAAUGGUGAUGGCGGAGAUUAGUGUUCUAUCCCGGGUGGGUAAGUGUCACCAAUUCCCUAGGUACCCCACCUUAAAAUAUAUAACCCUUACUUACCCUAAUAGUAGUGAGGGUGGCUAAUAAAACUAAUAUCUCUCUAAAAAAAUACUUACCAUCUGAAUUCUUCUUUCUUGUAAGUCUUCAUAUCUUCAGCUCUAAAAAAGGCCAAAUAAAAAAACAUAAUCUUGCAAUGCAAUUAAAUUUUUUUAAAUUUUUUUUUUAAAAAGGCGUUCACAAAAAAUCUG